ACAAUAACAACAUUUAUCUCUGUUUGUGCUCUCAAAUCUGAGUUAAUUUAAAAAGUUCUGUUGAUUCAAUCCAUUGGUUCAUCAAUCAGGCUAAUAAAUCACAAAUCAAAUCAAUAAAAACCCAUUUCAUUACAAUUUAAAAGCUGAUUGUCAAUUUGUGUGAACAAUUAACCACCAAAAGAACAGUUACCAGGCGAGAUAACCAACAAUUAGAUUUGAUUAUUUAUCUUUGUGGUUUUUUGGUUCCAUUAAAGGAGGAAAACAGUUAAUGUGAUUGUUUGUUUAUUCAAUGGAUUGGAAAAUGUUUACCAGUUGAAAACCAAUGGUUCCAAUGAAAUUUAAUUGUCAAACAAUUAAUUACAAUUUGUGGUCAUUUUGUGGUCGUUUCAAGUUACUCUUGUGGUCAAUCAGUUAAUGGUCAAUUUUACUGUUACCUUUGCUAUUAUUAUCCAUCAUUAGCAUCUUCAUCAUCUGAGUAGAUUAAUUUUUGGUUAAUCUUUGUUUUUUUUUGUUUUGAUUUUUUCGCUUCUUUAAUGAGAUUACCUAUUGUUGUUAACGAUUCCAUGCCAAUAGAAAUGGGACCCACAACGGAUUAUGAUGAAAUGGAUUUUGUUUUAACAGAAUAUCAGAAGAUAUUUAUCAUCUUAAUUGCUUCAUUGUUAUUCCUUCUUUCGGUUAUAAUCACAAUUUGUGUUGUCUCACCGAUUUGCCUUUUCAAUAGGCUUUUGUUUAAUCGAUGUAAAAAACCCUUGGGUGAGGUUAAAGGUAAACAAAGAGUGGUCAUUGGUGAAUCUAAACAUUUCCAGCUCAAAGUUGUCCCCUUGUAUGGAUCUAAUUGUGAAAAAUCAGCUAAUUAUCAUCAUCCUGAUACCCGAUCUAAUCUUGAUUUAGGUUCAAAAGAAUCACUAUUAACAGAAUCGGCCAAUGGUUCAUAUAAACAACAUCAACAUCCAACAGCAAAUUAUCAUUAUGUUAAUAAUCAUCAUCAACAAUCUGGUUACACUAAUGGAUCAGCAAUUAAAGCUUCAAACGGUCUUCCGGUAACAAUGUCACUUCCUCAACCAGGAGCACAAUCAGUAAACAAAAAUUUGUCAACAGAAUGUAAAGAAAACGUUCCUUGUGUUUCAUUUGGUGUUUCAUGUGAAAAAGUUGAUGAAUCGCUGGUUAAAUUAAUUCUAAAGGUAAAUUCAGUUAACAAUUGUAAACCUAAAGGUUAUGGUUUGGAUCCCGCUAUUUAUGUUACUAUCGAUGUAACCACAGUUACCGGUCUUCGAGCUAAACGUCGAUCAGCUUUGGCCAAGGUUUCAGCCUCGUUUCGAACCAAUACUGCGAAAAGAUCAGUUGAACCUGAAUUCGGUGAAUCAUUUGCAUCUCCUGAAUUUCCUAAAUCCAUAAUGAAAGAUGGCCGCCUUAAGAUCAAAGUGAUGGACGAUGAAAGAUAUGCCAACGAUUGUUGCUUUGGUGAAUUAACUAUUCCAUUGAAACAAUUUGAUCUCAACAGUCCAAUGGUACUAACAUCAUAUCAAAUGAAACCACCGAAAGAGAUAAAAGGUGACAUUACAUUGGGACUAUGUUAUCUACCAACCGCUAGACGGGUAACGAUUGUUGCUACUAAGGCCACACUUCCUGGUCAAUCUCAUAACACUAAUUAUUAUGUACGAGCUUUGAUGUUUAUCAAAGGUAAAUUGAUGAAGAAAAAGAAAACCUCAACAAACCUUAAACUAAACUGGACAGAGAAAGAUGCUCUUACCUUUGACCUUGCCCAAUGGAACCCGGAAGAAACUGCUUUUCUACUGGUUCUCUCAUCAUCCACCGAUCCCAUAGCUGCCUCCUUAUCAUCUCCCUCUUCCCCUGAAAGUCCAGAGAUUCCAACGGGAUCAAGGAAAGAUCGACAUCUUGGACACACUGUGAUAGGUCAAGAUGUUUGGCGAGAAAUGAGACAACAACCAAGAAAAUUGAUCAAUAAGGUUCUUAAAUUAAUGUAGAUUAUCAACAUUAAUCCAUCAACAGUAAAUCACCACUGACAAACUAUUAAUAAUCCACAAGAAAAGACAAACACAUCACCAUGGAAGAAAAACCAAGAAAAGGAGAAACUUUUCUCAUUCCUAAUUGACUGACCUGGAAAAAGAUGUAACGGAAAUGUGAUAUUACAAGACGGAAGUUGGGCCAACAUUUGUCAAUAUUUUCCCUUUAUAACUUCCUCCUUUUAUUUUAUUGUUUUUUUUCUUAUUCUUGUCAAUUACUCUUAAUUUUCAUGAUGAUCUUAAGGUUUCUCAUUUUGUCCAAAUCAAAAUCUAAUGAUGAAAUCUACUAAAUUAUUUAUUAACUAUCAUAAUUAAUAUAAACUAAUAUUUCAUAUUUAUAUAACUCUAAACAAUUACAUGAGAAGGGUAAACUAUACUUAUUGUUAAAAUUAAUCAUUCAAUGUACAAUUUAAGUUGAUCAUCUUGUACUAAUCAUGAACAAUUAAUGAAUGAUUAUCAAACUCGGAAAGGAAAUUCCAGUUGUAAAAGAAACAUAAUUUUGUAAAUCUAAAUCGAUUAACUGAUCAACUUGAAUUUAGUUCCUCGAUUUUAAAAUCUAUUAAUUGUAUUAUCUUUAUUGUUAAUAAGUGAUCAUCUUAUUGUUCAUAAUACUUCAAAUAUCCAAUUGAUUCUUAAAUCAAUCUUAAUCAUCAUCAUCUUCACACACAUACGGAUAAUUUCAUGUAAUGUUUUGUUUUGAAUCUAAAUUUUUGGAGAAAAAAACAAAAUAAAGACAAUCUUAAUCUGUGUUAA